UUCACAGCAGUCAACAUUCUGAAGCGAAAUCAAAUGAAAAUGCCAUUAUAAUUUAUAUUCUUUGUUAAAACUCUAUCAAAUACUUUAUUAAAACAAUGGAAAAUUAUUCCACAGUAGAAAAAAUUGGAGAAGGAACUUAUGGUGUAGUGUAUAAGGCAAGAGACAGGACAACCGGACAAGAAAUCGCACUAAAAAAAAUAAAACUUGAAAAUGAACCUGAGGGUGUACCAUCGACUGCAUUGCGCGAGAUCUCAGUGCUGCGUGAGCUGAAGCACCCAUCGGUGGUGCAGCUGCUAGAUGUGCUGCUCACAGAGAAUAAACUUUACCUGGUCUUUGAAUUUCUACAUAUGGACCUUAAACGGCUCAUGGACAUCAAUAAAGGGCCAUUGCCCCUCGAUCUGGUCAAAAGCUACCUGCGGCAGCUGCUCGACGGCAUCGCGUACUGCCACGGGCGGCGCGUGCUGCACCGCGACCUCAAGCCGCAGAACCUGCUGGUGGACGCGGAGGGCCACAUCAAGCUAGCCGACUUCGGGCUCGCGCGCGCCUUCGCCAUCCCCGUGCGGGCCUACACGCACGAGGUCGUCACGCUCUGGUACCGCGCGCCGGAGAUACUGCUCGGCGCCAAGUUCUACUCCACCGCCGUCGACGUCUGGAGCCUCGCGUGCAUAUUCGCAGAGAUGGCGAGCGGGCGCACGCUGUUCCCGGGCGACAGCGAGAUCGACCAGCUGUUCCGCGUGUUCCGCGCGCUGGGCACCCCCGGCGGCGCCGUGUGGCCCGCCGCGCGCCGCCUGCCCGACUACCGCGCCGCCUUCCCGCGCUGGCCCCCGCGCCCCGCCCGCGCCCUGCUCGCCCCCGCCGCCCGCCACGACCCCGCCGCCGCGCUCUUCGACCGCAUGCUGCGCUACGAGCCCAGCGAGCGCGUGUCGGCGCGCGCCGCGCUCGCGCACCCCGCGCUCACCCCCCCCGGCCCCGCCCGCGCCCUGCCCCGCCCGCCCCUGCCGCCCCCCCACUGA